ACUUUCAGAGGAGAAAAGAAAUUGGAUUUUAAGUGGCCAGAAAUAUAUCUUAGUACAGAAUGGAAAGUAUAGUUAAGUUUAAUUGUAUUUCUAGUGUGUUUUCUCUUUUUUCCACUAGACUUCAUGAGGAAAUUAUUGACUUUUAUAACUUCAUGUCCCCUUGUCCUGAAGAAGCAGCCAUGAGAAGAGAGGUGGUGAAACGGAUUGAAAUCGUGGUCAAAGACCUUUGGCCGACGGCUGAUGUACAGAUUUUUGGCAGCUUUAGUACAGGUCUCUAUCUUCCAACUAGUGACAUAGAUCUGGUGGUCUUCGGAAAAUGGGAGCGUCCUCCUUUACAGCUGCUGGAGCAAGCCCUGCGGAAGCACAACGUGGCUGAGCCGUGUUCCAUCAAAGUCCUCGACAAAGCGACAGUACCAAUAAUAAAACUCACAGAUCAGGAGACUGAGGUUAAAGUCGACAUCAGUUUUAACAUGGAGACUGGUGUCCGGGCAGCGGAGUUCAUCAAAAAUUAUAUGAAGAAAUAUUCAUUGCUGCCUUACUUGAUUUUAGUAUUGAAACAGUUCCUCCUGCAGAGGGACCUGAAUGAAGUUUUUACAGGUGGAAUUAGCUCAUACAGCCUAAUUUUAAUGGCUAUUAGCUUUCUACAGUUGCAUCCAAGGAUUGAUGCCCGGAGAGCUGAUGAAAACCUUGGAAUGCUUCUCGUAGAAUUUUUUGAACUCUAUGGAAGAAAUUUUAAUUACUUGAAAACUGGUAUUAGAAUAAAAGAAGGAGGUGCCUAUAUUGCCAAAGAAGAGAUCAUGAAAGCCAUGACCAGCGGGUACAGACCAUCGAUGCUGUGCAUUGAGGACCCCCUGCUGCCUGGAAAUGAUGUUGGCCGAAGCUCCUAUGGGGCCAUGCAGGUGAAGCAGGUUUUUGACUAUGCCUACAUUGUUCUCAGUCACGCCGUGUCACCGCUUGCGAGGUCCUAUCCAAACAGAGAUUCUGAAAGUACUUUAGGAAGAAUCAUCAAGGUAACUCAGGAAGUGAUUGACUACCGGAGGUGGAUCAAAGAGAAGUGGGGCAGCAAGACCCGCCUGUCGCCAGCCCUCGACAAUAGAAUUAAGAUAAAAGAGCGAAUAACCUCGUGCAAUGGGGAGCAGACCCAGAGCCACGAGUCUGAGUCGCCCUACAGCCAGCGCCUGACUCUGUCUCUCUCCAGUCCUCAGCGCCUCUCCUCAGGCUCCUCUGCUUCUUCCGUGUCUUCACUUUCUGGAAGUGACAUUGACUCAGACACGCCUCCCUGCACAACACCCAGCGUUUACCAGUUCAGUCUCCAGGCGCCGACUCCCCUGAUGGCCAGCUUACCCACUGCCUUGCCAAUGCCCAGUGGCAAACCUCAGUCCACCACUUCCAGGACUUUGAUCAUGACAACUAAUAAUCAGACCAGGUUUACUAUACCUCCACCGACCCUAGGGGUUGCCCCUGUUCCUUGCAGACCAGCGGGAGUUGAGGGAACCACAUCGCUAAAAGCCGUGCACCACAUGUCUUCUCCGGCCAUUUCCUCUGCAUCCCCCAACUCGCUGUCAAGCCCACACCUGUAUCAUAAGCAGCACAACGGCAUGAAAUUGUCCAUGAAAGGCUCUCAUGGCCAUACACAAGGUGGCGGCUACAGCUCUGUGGGCAGUGGAGGCGUGCGGCCCCCCGUGGGCAACCGGGGACACCACCAGUAUAACCGCACCGGCUGGAGGAGGAAAAAACACACACACACGAGGGACAGUCUGCCCGUGAGUCUCAGCAGAUAAUGGCCCCUGCUGCGCCAGCCUCCCCUCCCUCCACAGACUGCCCAGCGGCCUCGGCACCGGCGGGGACCCGAGACCAGCAUCCAGCACACGGGCUGCCGCCGGUCACUCUGCAUGUUUCUCUGUGUGGCAGUCGCAUCCAUCCUAAAGAACAACGCGUUGUGCUCAUCUGUGAAGCCUUAUUAAACGUGGACGUCGCUUCCUGCCUUGCCAGGAUUCUUCGUUCAGUGCUGAGGCAGGUCGGGCUCAGGAACUGCAGGCACGUGAACGUGCUUUUGUGGUUUCACGGUAGCCGUGGCUAUUGCUUUGCAGUUUGGUAUUUUCAUUUCACGUUUGUCAAAGCAGCGGAGGAGAUCAAACCCGUUCUUGUGUCUUUCCUCUACGCAUAUGGUUGGGAAGUCAUCGUUUUACUGCCCUCGUGUUUUGUUUGAAAUUUCAGAACUGUUUUUCUAUGUAAAUAUUGAAAACUUAUGAUUUGUGCAAUAACUCAGAUAUUUUUUAUUUAAUUUCAUAUUUUCACAUAAGUUAUAUUUAAGGGAGGAGGGAAUUUUUUUUAAACAAGCUCAGAUCCUUUCCCAAGUUGCAUUUUCUAAGUUGGGUUCAUCGUGUUGGCUGAUUGUCUGAUGAGCAUCAUUACGAACACCAUGAUGAGGGGUUUGGGGUCUUAUUUCUGUGUUUUUUCUUUUGGUCAGACUGAGUGAAGGAGCUGAGUAUCCUUGAUGGUUUUCUGAGGGGUUCAGCCCCAAAGGCUCCUGCAGACUGCCUGGCAGUCCUGCCAUGGGCCUCCAGCUGUCAUCUUGCUCUGACCACUGAGUUCCAAUGUUUUGGUUUUUGGUUCUUUUAAACUAGACAACAAAUCCAGCAUUUAAAGUGCCAGAAGUAUAACUUUCUAAGGGGAGAAAGGUUGUCACAUUAUAAAAUCUUAAAAAACAAAAAAUGUGAACUUGGAAAUGCUGCAGUCAGUUUUAGUGACAUAGCCUGUAAUGAUGGGUCUGAUGAAUGUCAUUGUGGACAAUGGUACCCAGUUUUAGGAAUGUGGAGAAAGGAGUUAUGUUGAUUCCGUUGAGGAAUCUAUAUAGCAGUAUGCAUUCGUUCUGUUAAGAGCAAAUAUAUGAGAAGUACUUGAGCUGCUCAGUGCACCGUGGGGAGUGUUUUUAUUGUACCGCAGGAGAGCACAGCCCAAUGUUGGGCCCAGGAGCGCUGGCGCCGACGUCAGAAACAUACAGGUAUACUAUGCAAGUGUAUUCUGCCACAACAACCACUGUCUUUGUUACCUUUUUUUGAACAAGAAUAUGUCCAUCCUGCCUAGCCUUGAGUUUUUGGAGUACCACAGUUGUCCUGGGAGUUGGUUGCAUCUUGUAGGCCAGCUGACUUGCCGUUUUUAAAAGGGGGGCUUCUGCCCUGCUAAACACUACAGAGAGUCUGGUCUUCGAAGCCCACUAGUGGGGAGUGUCGAGACAAGAAACUUAUUGCCAUGAUGUCUGAUGGGUGUGCACCAGUGGUAGACUGAGGUCUGAGUGUGACGGACCCCACAGGGACAAGCUCUGUACCAUUCCUGUGUCUGCCUCUAAGAAGCAGGACUGGCCCACACGGUCAUGGGGGCUGUCAAUGGUGCCUGCAGAUUCUCUAGGAGGCUUUCCAGACCAGAGUAGCACAUUGUGUCUGCAGUUCUUGAUGAUUGAAAGUUAUCAAAAAUAUUUUAAAAUAUUUAAAUUGUGAACUUUAUUGAUAAAGAAUAUUUAUAAAAACUGAUCCGUAGGCUUGUACUAAUCUCAAUGCAUUAGCAAUAUUGACUGUAAACCUGUAUUAAGGAAACACUAUGGGGACAGUGGGGUAUGUCCCGUGGGGUGUGUAUUCUAUAUAGCUCAAUGCAUAGACACAGGUACCAUGCUCCGUGCCCAUCAUGGUGAACCAAAUGAAUUGUCUGGCUGCCACUGUGGCUGCGUGCUGCAGGGUUAACACAAAGGUAUCAUGUCUCGAUUCUGUGUGUGCGUGGACAGCAGUGUGGAAGCUAAAAUUGACAUAUUUUUAUGUAAAGUUUUUCUAUUCUUUGAUUUUUAAUAAACUUUGGAAACCAGU